UAUCACAAGAAACAAAGAAAAAGUGCGGCGUCGUCUUUUUUAGGUUGUAGUUAGCUUGUGGCGUUGACGCUUACAAUGCAGAACUGAAUUAAACCCAAGGGCAGCUCAUGAGCUUCGGAUUAAGACAAGAAUAUCACAGGUCUUUCUGUCAAAGGAAGAUCGUAGUCGGAUAAGCGGGAUGGACCCUGCUUUGCUGAGAGAGCGUGAACUCUUUAAGAAGAGGGCUCUGUCCACUCCGGCAGUAGAGAAGAGACCGGCGUCCUCUGAAACCUCUGGCUCUUCCAAGAAAAAGAAGAGUAAACCAGACAAAGACUCUUCAGCUUCUAAAAACAACGCAGACUCCAGUAAUGGAUCCUUUAGUCUCAAAGCUCUCUCUGGAAGCUCAGGCUACAAGUUUGGGGUUCUGGCACGAAUCGUCAACUACAUGAAGACGAGGCAUCAGAGAGGAGACACUCAUCCCCUAACUCUGGAUGAGAUUUUGGACGAGACCAAGCUGUUGGACAUCGGCUUGAAGCAGAAGCAAUGGCUCAUGACUGAGGCCUUGGCAAGUAACCCCAAGAUAGACGUGCGUGAAGGGAAAUACGCCUUUAAACCUAAAUACCACCUGAAGGACAAGAAAGCACUGCUCAGGUUGCUGGAUAAGCAUGAUCAGCAGGGUUUAGGAGGAGUACUGCUGGAUGAUGUGGAGGAGGGCCUGCCAAACGCUGCCAAGGCCAUCAAGGCUCUUGGAGAUCAGAUCAUAUUUGUGUCCAGACCUGACAAGAAGAAGAUUCUCUUCUACAAUGACAAACACUGUCACUUCGAAGUAGAUGAAGAGUUCCAGAAACUGUGGCGCAGCGUUCCAGUUGAUUCCAUAGAUGACGAAAAGAUUGAAGAGUACCUGAAGAGACAGGGCAUCUCAUCGAUGCAGGAUACAGGACCAAAGAAAAUUGCACCAGUCCCAAAGAGGAAGAAGCCGGCAAUGCAGAAGAAGAGACGGUUCAAGACUCACAAUGAUCAUCUGAACGGUGUUUUGGAGGACUACUCCGAUGGAGUUCCCAUGAAGAAGUGACGCCCGUUCACACACGUCCCACAUCGGCUGGGAUAAAGACUCAAAGUGAAGAUUGACGUGUGUGUACACUGUAUCGCAUUGCCAAAACCACAUGGAGACUAACAGACACAAUUCUAAUGUGAAGCGACUGUAAAUAUUUUCUUUUUGUGCCAGCACUUUAAGUAUGUUGGAAGCGCCUUUUUUUUUAAGAAUAAAAUUUAAAAUCACUGUG